GGAAUCACUGACUUUUAAAGAUGUGGCUUCACAUCUUUUUAAUGAUAUGACUUCACAUUGGAGGAAUGGAGAUUGAUGGACCCUACACAGAGCAACCUGCACAAGGAUGUGAUGCUAGAGAAUUACAGGAAUCGUGUCUCCCUGGGGCUUGCAGUUUUCAUACCAGAUAUGAAAUCUCAUUUGGAGAAUGGAAAAGGACCCUGGGCAGUGCUGAGAGAAAUUUCAAGAGGCCCCUAUCCAGACUUGGAAACUAAACUUACAACCAGGAAUGCUGUACUAACAGAGGAUACUUCUGAAGAUUUAUCACAGGAAGCCAUAGUAGAGAAACUCACAGAAAGUGGCCUAUGGGAUUCCAGAAUGGGAAGAUUAUGGACAUGGAAUGACAGGAUUUUGAGAUUGCAAAAUAGUCUGGAGAGUCACUUGAGUCAAAAGAUUGUUACACAAAAGAAAAUGCCCACUGGUCAAAGAGGCUUUAGAUUUGGAUCUGUUCUUUUUCCAGAACCAAAAGUUGUCACGGAAGAGCCCCACAGAAAAUUCCAAACACAAGAGGAAGGGUUCACAAAAAAUUUGGAUUUGAUUACAGAUACCCACUUGGGGAAGGUAAUUGGCAAGGAUCCAGAAGACAUCAAAUCCAUAAGGCAGACUUCAGAACUCACUUUGAGGGAGAAAUCAUUAAAAAAGAAAAACCCUAUGAAUGUGGCACAUGUGAAAAAGCCUUUCGCUAUAGGUCAUUCAACAUCAGAGAACACACCCAAAGAAAAACCUUAUGAAUGUAGUGAAUAUAGGAAAGUAUUCAGCCAGCUCUCAUAUUUUAUCAUAAAAAAUUCACACUGGAGAAAAACUCUAUAAAUGUACUGAAUAUGGAAAAGCCUUCAUUACUACUCCAAAUGGCCAUUAACCUGUGAGAAGAUUUGAACCCAAGUAGUACUCAGGGAAACGCAGACUAAACUUCCAAUGAGAUCAAGCUUCCACUCAUGGAGAUAGAAAAAAAUCAAGAGAUCUGUUGCUAAUUGGACUUGGGGGACAUGUGUAUUUUUGUUUUUUUGCUUGUUUGUGAGGAACUUUGGUUUAUUUUGGGAAAUGUCACAUUUAAAUGUCAAAAAAGUAUUUAAGUGUUUUGUUUAAAAAAAGAUUUAUUUAUUUGAAAGAGUUACAGAGAGAAAUAGAGACACAUACACACAGAGAGAGAGAGACAUCUUCCAUCCACUGGUUCACUCCCCAAAUGGUCACAAUGGCCGGAGCUGAGCCGACCAGGAGUCAGGAGCUUCUUUCGGGUCUCCCAUGUGGGUGCAGGGGCCCAAGGACCUAGGCCAUCCUCCGCUAUUUUCCCAGGCACCUUAGCAGAGAACUGGAUUGGAAGUGGAGUGAGCAGCCCAUAUGGGAUGCCAGCACUGCAGGAAGAGGAUUAACCUAGUACACCACAGGGCCAGCCCCUAAGAUGUUUUCAUAAAAUUAAGGGAACAGCUUAUACAAAUAACCAUGUAUUCUUACCUAAGUGUUCUAGCUUGUAUUUGUACCAGCAGUCCAGCAAUGCAAACUAUUUAAAAUAUACAUAUUUAUCCUUUGACCUAGAAGAUGCAAUUUUGAGAAUUUUUCCCAUGGAAAUAAAAAUAAUAUCAAUGCAUAAGAAUACAAAUAGGGCCAGUGCCAUGGCUCAAUAAGCUAAUCCUCCACCUAGUGGUGCCGGCACACCAGGUUCUAGUCCUGGUCGGGGCGCCGGAUUCUGUCCCAGUUGCCCUUCCAGGCCAGCUCUCUGCUGUGGCCAGGGAGUGCAGUGGAGGAUGGCCCAAGUGCUUGGGCCCUGCACCCCAUGGGAGAGCAGGAGAAGCACCUGGCUCCUGCCUUCGGAUCAGUGCGGUGCGCCAGCCACAGUGGGCCGGCUGUGGCGGCCAUUGGAGGGUGAACCAAUGGCAAAGGAAGACCUUUCUCUCUGUCUCUCUCUCUCUCACCAUCCACUCUGCCUGUAAAAAAAAAGACAAAUAAAUAAGAGUGUUUCCUGAAGUAUUGUUUAGAGGGAGAGGGAGAAAAGCCCCAUUUGGAAAAGUAAGCACUCAUUACUAGAUAAAUUGUGAUAAAUCCUUAUUUUGAAGCUCAUGAGGAUAAUUUUUAAAAUGAGUUCUGUCUGUACGGGAGAACUUCAUGAUAGUUCCACAAUGUUUUGGUAAAUAAUUGCUUUAUAGCAGGAAUGUAUAUACACAAGGUUCCAUUUUUGUUAAUGAUUAUAACACGUAUUAUGUACUUCUGUGUGUAUGAGAUUGGAUGUGCAUGGAGAAAACAAUGGAAGACUAUACACCAGGUAUCAAUACUGGUUACCUUGAGGGAGAAGAGAUGUGGGGAGAAGGGAGGAGGAGAAGACUGGAAAAAUGGAAACAUGCAAAUGUAGCAUAUGGUGUAAAACUAUGCAAUAUUCUAUAUUUAUGUGAACUUUGAAGGGACGAAUGAAGUAGUCUCUGAAAACUUAAUGAUGGUUGUUUCAGGGUUGGUGGACUAUCAGGUACUUUUUGUUUGACUUUUCUGUGUGUGUAAGUUUUUCUUUACAAUUAGUAGGUAAUAUUUACAUAAAAAAUGAAUAGCAUCUUUCUUGUGAAGCAAAUUUAUUUGACACCUACUGUGUCCCAGGCACUCCUAUAGGUGUUGCUUAUAUAUAGGUGAGGGAAGGGUACUCUAGGGUCUAAAAGCAUGAGAAUUGGUUCUAAUGUUGGGUAGACUCCCAAAAACUUACCCAGUACUUCAUUCCUUCCACUCCCUGAAUUUCAUCUGGAGGAAGUAGUGAAAAGUUCAAAUGAAAGACAUGCCCCAAAAUAUCUGGAACUUUGUACAGGCUGUAGACCAGAAGACUACAGUCUCAAAAAAUAGUUCCAGGGGCUGGCACUGUGGUGCAGUGGGUUAACACCCUGGCCUGAAGGGCUGGCAUCCCAUAUGGGCACUGGUUCUAGUCCCAGCUGCUCUUCUUCAGAUCCAGCUCUCUGCUUUGGCCUGGGAAAACAGUAGAAGAUGGCCCAAGUCUUUAGGCCCCUGC